AUGAGCUGUGUAGAAUACUGGUUCAGUGAUGACGAGAGUGAUUCCGGAGAAGACGAUUCCGGACCUUACCGUCUCGAACGACGAAGAUUGAGAGAUAUAAGUAAUCCUCUGGAUCUCCCACACGAUUCGUUUAUGGAAUAUUUUAGAGUAUCGAAAGAACUCUUCAGAUAUUUACUGUACUUUGUAGAAGAUAAAUUAGGAGGCGUUAAAUCUACGUCUGUUCCAGCGACACUGAAAUUAUCUGCUGCACUGCGAUUCUUCGCCGAAGGAAGUUACCAGAAUGGUGUUGGUAACGAUAUGUUUGCCGGAAUGGCCCAGCCGACGCUGUCAAAAAUCUUGACGUCUGUUAUUGAUGUUUUUGAAGCAGAACUCUGUCCCACAGUCAUACAGUUUCCAGUGUCAGACGAGGAAAAAAGUGAAAUCAAGCGUGGAUUCUACGAGAGAACCGGAUUUCCAGGUGUGAUAGGAUGCGUUGAUGGCACACACGUAAAAAUUUUCAAACCGAUGAAAGAUAUCCAGCAUCUUUAUUAUAACAGAAAAGGGUUCCACAGCUUAAACGUAAUGAUAGUCUGUGAUCAUCAACAAAUCAUUCGAUACGUGAAUGCCAACAGCCCUGGUGCAAAUCAUGAUUCGUUCAUAUGGAACAAUGAUCCGUUAGAUGGAGUGUUACACCAAAAAUACCUUAAUGGCGAGCGAAAUACAUGGCUUGCGACGCAGGAUAUCCUCUGAAGCCAUACUUAAUAACACCAUUCCGAACUUCCGUUAAUGCACCGAAUUCUUCAAGACAAACCAAAUUUAAUGAUAUCCAUUCAAAAACAAGGAUGAUAGUUGAGAGAACAUUUG